AUGGCUGAGAGCCGAAAAAUCGGUUCUUUGAGAUACGUCCGCGGCAGAUCUUACGAAACCCCACACGGAAAAAAAGACUAUCCGACGGUGAACACGGAUUUCCCAGUUAAAAGAUUUACAGCUGUCCAAUACACUCAACCAGCAGCAGCUAUUUCACCAUUGUCAAAGUCAACCAGGCAUCUUCUUGGUCCAGAGCCAGACCAACGUUAUUAUUACACUCAUCGUGCUCAACAAGAAACCAUUACUAUUGACCGUGAUAAUUUUAAACAUGGAGUUGCAGCUGCAUCAAGACCUACCCCAGCAACUAUUCGAGUUGUAACAGCACUUCUUGGGGAUCUCUGUACAAAUGAUAGGGACUGUACAAUUCCGAAUAGUGAAUGUUUUAAUGGACGGUGUGUUUGCUCUAAUGGAUUUGCUGAGACAAGCGAUCGACAAGAAUGUUUUGCAAAUUACAUGUCGGUAACGCUUUCCGAAGAUCUUCGCGCUUGUGUUUCUAAUCCAUGUCACUCAUCAGCAACUUGUAUUGACUUACCAAGUUCAACAUUUGUUUGCAUUUGUAAUUCAAAUUACACGGGUUUAUUAUGUGAUGAAGAAAUAAAUAAACGAGAAUAUGAUAUACCUUCUUUCGAUGGUAAAAGUUAUGUGAGAAUGAGUAGACUAAAAGCAUAUCAUAAAUUUAGUAUUGAAGUUGAGUUUAAAACUUAUGCUGACAACGGAAUAAUUCUAUACAACCAACAGAAGAAUGAUGGUAGUGGAGAUUUUGUUUCACUUGCUAUUGUUGAUGGAUACGUACAAUUUCGUUAUAACCUUGGAAAAGGACCAGUAAUACUAACAUCACCGGAGAGAGUUACUAUGAAAAACUUUCAUCGUAUAUCAGCUAAAAGAUAUCACAAAGAUGGUGUUUUAAUUUAUAACGACGGUGAAGAUAUUGCCGGUCAAAGUCAAGGAAUGCUUAAAUCAUUAGAUCUCAAUCAAGAUACAUUUAUUGGCAACAUACCAACAAAUUACACUAGAGUAUACGACAACAUUGGGACCAGUCACGGAUUUUUGGGUUGCAUUCGUAAGCUGAAGAUCAAUAGAUUUACAGUUGACCUUCAUAUUGGAAAAGAUAAAGAUGUUUUAGAGACAUAUCGUGUUAAGCAGUGUCAUGAUAAUGCAUGCGCUAAUUUGCCUUGUAAAAAUGGUGCUACUUGUCAGCCAAUAUUCGAAGAAGAUCUUUGCAAUAAUAGAGAAUGCAAAUCAAAUACAAAACGAAGUAAUAAAACAAAGAAGAAAAGAAAUUAUAAUGAUGGAAUUAAAUUUGUCAAAUGUAAAGGCUCUCAUUGCAGCGAUUUAAAAUCUAAACCGAAAUCAAAGAGAUCUAAAAAAUAUUCGAAAAAACGAUGCGCUACUGUGGAUUGUAAUUAUGAUUAUGAUUUAGAUUAUGACGCUUCUUAUGAACAUGAUAAUUAUGCAGUAACAACUUACGAACCACCAACGUAUAAAUGUAUUUGCCCUCCUCAAUUUACUGGACCUAAUUGUGAAGAAUCAUUAGAUCCUUGUUUAGGCGAACCCUGUCAAAACGGAGCUACUUGUGAUAUUCUUCCACAAGGCGGAUAUGUUUGUAAAUGUCCGCCAGGAAGAACGGGAGAUCAUUGUGAAAUAUUAGAUGCCGAAUUAACUGAAUUUUUAAUUCCUCAGUUUAAUGGUGAUGGGUUCCUUGAACUUUCAUGUCUUGAAGGAGUCUCAAAAGCAUUUUCAAUUGAACUAUGGUUUCUUACGCGAGCUACAGAUGGUCUACUACUUUACAAUGGGCAACUUAACAAUGGUCGUGGAGAUUUUAUUAGUCUUAACUUAGCUAAUGGCAAAUUGGAGUUUAAAUUUAAUCUAGGCAGUGGUAUAGCUAAUAUUACAUCUCCUGAUUCCGUGAGUCUUAAUACUUGGCAUUGUGUUAGAAUCAGUAGACUUGGUAGAGAAGGACUUCUGCAGUUAGAUGAAGGCACUAUUGCACGAGGCUUUUCCGGUAGUCCUCUCACUGAAUUGAAUUUAGAGAUGCCUCUUUAUAUUGGUGGCGUUAAACAUUGGCGAGAAAUUCAUCGUCUGGAAAGUGCCUGGACUGGGCUCACAGGCGCGAUACAAAGAUUAAUGGUCAAUGGUAAGACUUACCAGAAUCUAGCAGUUAAUUUCACUCAACACAAUACUGAAAUAUAUGAUGGGUUGCCGUGUCCUGCUGAUGGCAAUCCUUGUCACAAUGGUGGAGUCUGUUUGCCGUUAUUAAAUAGUUACCUUUGUAAAUGUGCAAGCAGUUACAGUGGUCUCCAUUGUGAAUUUUUCAUGGGAUAUGAUGUAUCUGGUGGAGAAAUAGCUGAACGACCAGUAAGAUUUAACGGGGACAAUUACCUACAGUUUAAACAUCGUUAUGGCAGAAGCUCUAACAAUACUUUAACUACUAACACAUCUCUUUUGGAAUAUUAUGACGAUUCUUAUUCCGACUAUGAGUUUGACGAGGAUAAUGAUUUUGAAUAUGAAAAUUAUGACUACACUGAAUACAAAGGACAGCAAUCAAAUAAAUUUGAAUUGAGUCUACGAACCGUUAAUCCGGAUGGAAUGAUAGCAUGGAUUGGACGCGGAAAAAUAGAAAAUCUGGUACUAUCUCUACAGGAUGGAUAUGUUGUCUUCACGUACAAAGGAAAAAAAGAUGAAAUAUCUAUAAAAAGCCGAAAAAAAGUUAACGAUGGUAUUUUUCAUCACAUCAAAGCUGCUCGUCGAAGAAAGGCAAUCGUAAUCCAGGUUGAUGACGAAAUUCCCAUAAAAGUUGCCACGGAAAUAUCUCUUCUAACAACCAAUGGGAAAUUAUUUGUUGGUGGGAAGCCUGGUCAUAAAGGAAUCAAGGGUUGCGUGACUGACUUUAUCGUCGAUAAAAGAAGACUACCUUUGGCAAGACGGAAGAUUGAAUUUUGCCACGAUAAUGACGUAUGAUAGU